GGCCUAUGUUUCAAGUGUGAAGAAAAGUUUACACCGGGCCAUCAGUGUAAACAAGCUUUUGUGAUCGAAGUAGCCAAUCCCGACGAUGAGGAUGAAGAAAUCGAGGAAGAACUGGACCCAGAGGACAACUUGGAAGCAGUUAAUGAAGAACAUGAGAUCUCGAUACAUGCUAUGGCCGGAAUCAGAGGGCCAAGAACGAUUCGACUGCCAGCAUGGGUCAAGGAUCGUAAGGUGAUGGUGCUCGUAGACAACGGGUCAUCACACAACUUCAUCAAUGCCGAGUUGUCCCGGAAGCUGAACUUACCAACCACGAAGAUUGAGCCUUUUGAGGUACGAGUAGCUAAUGGUGAGAGGCUGCAAUGCACUGAAUCUUUCUGGAAGGAACCAAUCAAGUUCAGCGGAGUUACUGUGAAGGUUGAUCUCUACGCCUUACCUUUGGUUGGGCCAGAUGUCGUUUUGGGAGUUCAGUGGCUGGAAGGGUUAGGCAAAGUGACUACCGACUAUCGAACUGGAAUUAUGGAGUUUAACUCUGAGGGUCGACAAGUCACUCCGAGCACAAGCAGCGAAAAAGGUACCAAGGAAGUAGGACUGAAAAACAUCGAAAGA